AUGAUGAGGGGAUGUGACAGGUGUACGCAUUUAUUUGCAAGGUGUGACACACGUUGCGCAUGAUUUUUUUUUAAGCAUAGAAACAAAAUAUGAAGAAAAAAAAAAAAACAAGCAACGCAAUGUGAAUGUUAAGCAUGUGAAAAAUAUCUGUAAAUUAUAUAUUUUUAAUUGCAAAUGCACUGUGUGAUUGUACAAUCUCAAUUAAUUGGUUUCAAAUUGACCCCAUUAAGGAACUGAAUUGCGUCGCUGUCUGUCUGCUGGAGGCUAAUCCAUCUCUGAGAUUGAAUGCAAAUGAACAGCAACACACACUGUUUCUUAAAUCUACAGUUAACUGUGUCAAAUUUAGUUUGCAACAGAUAUUACCUGCAAAUAGCACUCAAACGCCAGCCUGUAACGAAUUGUUAUAUUUCAAAAAUCGUACAUCUCUGCAGCACUACAGCUCCCUUAGCAAUGCAUGUGAGUUGCAUGGGCUGUAUGAAUAAAAUGCAUGAACUAUGGCAGUGUUUCAGCAGCUCUGGUUUAGGUUGUCAAUAUGUGUAUGACUUGUAGGCCGAUAUUUGGCAUUCUGCUGACUCAGAGACAAUAGCAGGGAUCGGACAAGAGAGCUGAUUGUGCACUUUGUUCUACAAGAAACCUGCUUCCACUUACACUAAGCCAGUGGGACAACAAUAAGGGAAAAGAUAAACUACUGUAACGCUUUCUGAAAAGAGUUGGGUGCUAAAUAUAGAUUUUCUGAUAUUAAGGUUCUUUGUGCAGAGCAGAACUUUACAAGGCCCGAGGCAACAGACCAAACAACUUCGCAAGUCUGCUGCACAACUGGCUGAAUUUCUUAGUAUUUUUUAAAUAAAAUAUGGAGCUAAAUUAUGUUCUCCUAUGGCAAAUCCUUGGAAAUGUAACUCAAAUGUCUUGAGAUUCACAGCCUGAUACCCUUCACUUCAUUUAAAUUGAGCUUGUCAUACCACAACUUCUCCCUCGAGCCAUUACAUAAGAGCUGUGCUGCAAAUUCAUGACUUCAAAAUUCACAUAGUCUGUGUUUUAGGAUUUAGCUAUUGAAAUCUGUUGCUGCGAUGUUGCGUUCAGUGACAUUAUUUAUCACACUGACAGACCUGUUUAAAAUCUCAAAGGGAGCAGGGAUUGAAUCUCAUUCAGCAGAGAAUGGAUGCAGCUGAGGCUCCGUCAGAUGAGUUGAAUGCACGUAAAUGGAUUUUUUUUAAUGAAGCCGAGGGAAGCUAAACAAGCCAUUAACUGCCUCGUGUUUAUCACAGCUGUCAGUUGCAGCAGACUAACCAUGAAUGCAAUCCCACAUUUCAUUACAUAAAUGUUUCUGCUUUUUUAGAUCGAUCAUGCCACACCUGAUUAGUGAGAAGACGAAACUGCAACCAGAUUAAGAGAACUUGAAACAUUUGUGAAGAAAAUAAUUCUGAACACUGAAAGGGAAACUUUAGUAUUCCGCUACGGUCUGGGAGAUCUUUUUACUAAAUCUGCAGCAGCUUGCAGAAGUCUUCAUAUUUGCUUGACCUUGACCACAAUUCAAGAAUGGUACAAAUUUUUCCCUCUAGCACAGACAGCUGAUGCUUAUAAAUUUAAAAAAAACAAUGCUAAAUUGAAUCGUUUCCAAUAAAAUGUAUUAGUAAAGAACACAUAUUUCUUUGUCUUUUAUUAGCCAUAUUUUUUCUUUUAUUUUUAUUUAAAGGCGUGGUGUAAACAUUACAUUGUGAUCACUGAAUACUUUGCUUGUACUGUGUGUGCUCAGUUUACUGUCGAGUAGGUAAAAAUGAAAAUAAAUUGUAGCCCACUUCACAAUUUUGGUCCACGUGUUUAAAGGUUUGGACACCACUGUGUUAUACACACAAACUUCAGCAAAAAGUAAUUUGGAUUUUAUGUCACAGGUUAAAUUGUGCAUGACCGCGCAGCAGAAAAACUAUGACAGUUUUUAACAUUUUUUACAACUAAAAAUCUGGAGUCAGUACUUUGUGGAACCAUAAUUGGCUGCAAUGAGUGCAGCAAGCCUUUCAGGUAAAGUUGUACCAUAAAUCAAAAACAUUUAUAGCAUUCUGGGAGAUGUAGGCAGAGGAAAGACCUUAGCUGCUCAACUUGUCACGGCCAUGGUGAAAAUAUAAUAAAAUAUCAACCUUUACAAGCUGUAAAAUUUAAUUGACAGUAUAAGUAUCAGUGAUAUAUACAGAAUAAUAAGUAUUUAAGCACAUUCAAUUAAGAAAAAUGUUGAUGGCAUGUUUGUUCAUUUUAAUUAUAUCUGGUUUUCCUCAAGACAUAUUUCCAUUUUUGACUAAAAAGUAAUCUGGAUUUGCAUUUGAAUCUCCUAACAAGACAAACCUACAAAUUAAAGAAUGUGAUUCACUACAAAGCAGAAACCCCAACAGGUUAGAUUUUUACCCUUGUAAUAUUUCUCUAUUUUGUGUAUUGUAAACUACAGUGGGGGGGAUAAAGGAUGGGCUGCAAUCAGGGACGUAAUUUCAGCUACAGAGAGCAGAUGAGGAUUGCAAAAGCCAUUUCAAGACCAGAGAAGCCGCUAUAUAUUAGAUCAGAGGGCAGUGGGACAAUCAUGCUAUUUCUUCAAUGCACAGGUUAAUUCCUGAAGACAGUGUCUUUCCUUAAGUCACCCUCGAAGAAUCACAUUCAGGCACCCUGGUUUGUUUACUCCAGAGUCACAUGCCUUUCAACCGGAUGCCUCAGAGGGAGAUUGUGGACCACAUUCAGAGAUCGGCUUUGAAGGACAGACACAGAGAGACAUGGGUUUGUGGCCAGACGUAACCCAUGGAGAGGAUGGUUCAGAGUCUCGACCAGAGACCCCAGGCAGCGACACCAGCAUAGAGAGUCAGUCCUACCAGACUUGUGGCAACACAGCUCUGAAGGUGCUGGGUGGUCUUCUGAUGGUGCUGUGCGUGUCCUCCUCCUGGGUGGGUACCACUCAGGUGGUGAAGCUGACCUUCCAGUCAUUUUCCUGUCCCUUCUUCAUCUCCUGGUUCAGCAGCAACUGGAACAUCUUCUUCUUCCCCAUAUACUACUCUGGACAUGUUUUUACCACAGGCGAGAAACAGACUCCCAUUCAGAAAUUUAGGGAGUGCAGUAAACUCUUUGGGGAGGAUGGAAUGACUCUCAAGCUGUUUGUUAAGAGGACUGCACCCUUCUCCAUCCUAUGGACACUGACCAACUACCUGUACCUCUUAGCAUUGAAGAAACUGACUGCCACUGACGUCUCUGCCCUCUACUGCUGCCACAAAGCCUUUGUCUUUCUCCUCUCAUGGAUCGUCCUCAAGGACCGGUUCAUGGGUGUUCGGAUUGUUGCUGCCAUAAUGGCCAUCACAGGAAUAGUCAUGAUGGCUUAUGCAGAUGGUUUUCAUGGUGAUUCAUUUGUGGGUGUGGCCCUGGCUGUGGGCUCUGCCUCAACUUCAGCUCUCUAUAAGGUUCUGUUUAAGAUGUUCCUUGGCAGCGCUAACCUUGGAGAGGUUGCUCAUUUUAUUUCAACAAUGGGCUUCUUCAACCUUAUUUUCAUCUCCUGCGUUCCCCUCAUCCUCUACUUCACCAGGGUGGAGCACCUGGGCUCCUUGUCUUCACUACCUUGGGGUUACCUGUUUGGACUGGCAGGACUGUGGCUGGUCUUUAAUAUUCUGGUCCAUGUCGGCGUGGUGCUGACUUACCCCAUCCUCAUCUCUAUAGGGACACUGCUCAGUGUGCCUGGAAAUGCAGCUGUAGAUGUUUUGAAACAUGAGGUGAUCUUCAGCGUGGUGCGGCUGGCUGCCACCUGCAUCAUCUGCCUGGGGUUUCUGCUCCUGCUGCUGCCAGAGGAGUGGGACUCAGUCACCCUUCGAUUCCUCGCCAACAUUGCUGACAAGAAGUCCGAGGAACAUGGAGAGGAACUGACAGAGUCCAGUGGCCAGACUCGAAGUCGGAGUCGAGCAAACGGCACCGUCUCCAUUCCCUUGGCAUGACACGGCUGGGUUCUCAUGAUAACAACAGUUAGCAAAUCCCUUGUGUUUCCUCUCUGAGGUUCUGACAGAAAGCUCAGUCUGUGUGGACUUCUCAUUCAGGAGGACAGCAUUGACUAAGUUGAAAUGUAAUCUUUACUUUGCAUAAGUACCCCUUGUCACUUCACAAAGGGGGAGGAGAACACUUAUGGAUCAUGCAAACCAGAAAAAGGCUGAAACUGGUAUUUACUGUGGAAGUAGUUGCAAUGCUCCAUCUUAUGUCCUGCACGCACCCAAAGCAAGAGCUGACUGGCUUCUCCUGAUAUGCUCUGCAGACUGUAUUCUGUGAAUAUAAAUUUUGGCAGGGCCAGUUUGGCUCAAAAUAUUUCUAUUUAUUUAAAUCUGUUCGAGCCAGAGUAUCGAUUUUAAGUCUAAGCAGUCUUACCAACGAGAAUGGCUAUUAUACUGUGAGUAAUGCAGAAGCUCUUUGGGUUUUAUAAUAAAAGACUUGAACCCUCUAGA